GCCAGAUUUAUCACAAAGAAGGGCACUCAUGUGAAACUGGAGAGGUGGAAGAUCACAAAAUCAGAGUUGGUUUAGUUUCCUGGUUGCUAUGAAAAGAGGAUGAAAUCACACAGAUCUUCCUGAGAGAUAACCAAUUGGAUACUGGACAAACAAACAAAAGGAGUAAUCAGACUCCACUGACCUGUUUAACCUUGAUUGUGAAGGAUGAAAAGCAGCAGCUGCUUUCUGUGGAACAGGGCUUCUGGUGGCACUUACUUCUUUCCUUUUGGAUUGUAUUGACAUAAAGACACCAAGAUAUUGAACUGAUAAUGUUGUGAGUUUAUACAUGCCAGACUGUUCCAUCACUUUUUGAAGCAGCAGCUUUGGUAAUGCACUGCUAACAUGGCUGAACAAAGGCAACGUGCUUUGUCAACAUCAGGGGAAGCAUUAUAUGAAAUCCUGGCCCUAGAGAAGGGAGCAACACAUGAUGAGAUUAAGAAGUCCUACAGAAAACUGGCUCUGAAAUAUCAUCCCGACAAGAAUCCAGACAAUCCAGAAGCUGCAGAAAAAUUUAAAGAGAUCAACAAUGCUCAUGCAACACUGACUGAUCUGUCCAAGCGAAACAUAUAUGACAAGUAUGGAUCGUUAGGGCUCUAUGUGGCAGAACAGUUUGGUGAGGAAAAUGUUAACACCUACUUCAUGCUCUCAAGCUGGUGGGCAAAGGGUCUGUGUGCAGUCUGUGGCCUGCUGACGGGCUGCUACCUCUGCUGCUGCCUCUGCUGCUGCUUCAACUGCUGCUGUGGAAAGUGUAAGCCCAAAGGACCCGAAGGGGAAGAACAGGAGUUUUGUGUGUCUCCAGAAGAUUUGGAAGAGCAAAUUAAGAAUGACAUGGAAAGAGAUGGAGAAACUCCUAUCAUGCUUCAGCCGACUAAUGCAACUGAGAAGACGCAGCUAAUAGGGGACAGCCACCGGAGCUAUCGCACAGACUCCUAGAGCAGGCAAACACGACCUGUUGGUGCUUCCCACUGAGUGUCACAGAGAGAAAAAACACAUGAUAAGCUCUGCAGCCUGUAUUUGUAGUUGCCUUUAAGCUAAUCAAGAGUAAUUUCCUAUAAAGGCAGAAUCUCCCUCUAGGCCACUUCCAAUAGGUUGAUACCUGCACUCUGCAAGGAGAUACCUAUAGCCAGUACAGAGCUCUACAGACCAGCAUGCCGGUCUCUCACGGCUUCACACUGCCACGCUUGGCGUGGUCUUUCCCUCUAAUAAUACUCCCUUUAGUACGGUUGCUCUUCUCCCCACCCUCAGCUGUGGUUUCACCUCCCAGACACAGUCCCGAGUCCCUUUCCGGCGCACCGGCUCCAUCUCUCCCUGCACCAGGAAAGCUCCUCGCAUGCAGCAGUUUUGCUGGAUGUGACAUGUUCCUGCGAGGGAGCCCUGGAAAUGCUCUUUAGCAGACCUCAGAGGGAAAGUUGGUGGCAAGGCAGACAGAGCUGUCGUCCCAGAGAGGAAAGGCUCUUCGGAAAGCAAAUGGCAGCUUGCUGGGGCCCAGCCCAGCACUUAUAAACCUGAGCCAGGACAAAGUGCUCGGGGAUCAUUCUGCUGGUGCUGACAACACAGGUCAGUCCAAAUCCAGGAGCCUCAUCCAGCACCAGAAGCACAGGUAGGCUCUGUGUCUUCCCCUGCACAAGUCGCAAACCCAGGAGAGAGUGGGCAAAUGCCCCGUGGAGCGGGAGGCUGGCCCUGGGCUGCCCCAGAGCCGCUCUCCUCUCCCCAUAGCCAGGGACAGCCCUGUGGCAAAGCUCCUCCGAUCCUGCCAGGACGGGCCUGCCACCCAUGCCGGGUGGCCCCGGCUUCUCUGGCUGCAGCUGCAAUGUGGUGAAAAUUGGUCCCCAGCCAACAGCUUUCUGCCGGCUUGCUUAUUCCGCCGUGCCUCUGGCUGCCGGCCCCGCUGCCCCGCCGGCACUGGGCUGGGAGCCAUCGCGCCAGUGCUGGCACCGGGGCUGUGGGAGCAGCAAGGACUUGGCAGGGCAGGCAAGCAGCAGAGGAGCGGCUGUCCUCCUCAGCCCAGCUCAUCGGGGCAAGCCCGGGUCCUCCCCUCUGCCCCAGGCACAGGGGCUUUAAAAGCACGUGGUGUGAUUUUAAAUAAAGAGGUAGGGAUGAGGCACGUGUUCAGGUGUACCACUGCACAAAUCAGAUACAUGUAGGUAUGGCUAAAGCAGGCAUGAAGAAAUUAGGCCCCCUAAUUUGUAAGAGCCGAAGAAAUACUUCUUAGAUCUUAAACUUAGCACUUCACUGGUUUGACACAGUAGUUUAAGCCUUAGAUAGCUGAAUUUCUCCUUAUUGAUCAUGUUACAUCAAUCAUUGUCAGUUCUCUGCAUUUGCUAUUUUUGCUCCUCUAAUCACAGUGCUGUGGUCCAAAGGGGGAUGUAAUGUACCACUAAAUUAUAUAGACCAGUGAAUAUAUAGCUAGUCAAAAGUGUUAUUCCCUUCCUUAAAAUUGGAUCCUGCGGUUGUGAAACAUCAUUAUCUCCCUUCUAUUCUCACCUUUCACAUCAAAUGUCAUUCAGUGGCAACUAAAUAUAUGGGAAAAGAGUGUGUUUCAUAGCACCAGCUAUAACUCCAAAGUCAAGAAAUACUACUUUCAACAUUUCUUUAAAGUUCCCAUAGCACAUGGACAUUUUAAAAGCCAUUAAUUCCAGUUCAGGUUAUAUAUCUCUUGCCCAGGCGCAGGCACUGGGGCCAGCUAACGUUCACAAUGCCCUCAGAAACAGCCUUAUUUUUCUGCUUCAGAGAAGAGGGGAAGUCCUGGCAUGGCUGGGGUUGUGCACAGGCACUCACUUCCCUCCCACCCAUGGGCUCCUCUUUGUCCUCAGUUGCAUGUCACAAAUAAUUUCAGAGGCCACUCAUACGUACGUAAAUCCAGACCGCUGUCCUGCCUGCCUAGCGGUGCCAGGGGGAUGUGCCCAUCCAUCCCAGUGGUCCCAGGGAGAGGGGGUUGGUGGCACCAUCCUGCUGCUGAGGGAGACGUGACCCCAGAAGACACGUUCCCAGCGCUAGCCAAGUGCCGCACACCUUCCUGCCGGGUGGCUGGAUCAGACGGCAUGUGCACUGGGGUGCUAGUGCUGCGAGACGGGCAGAGCACAGCCCGCUGGGCACAUGCUGGGGGACACCAGCACCCACUCACCCCAGCGCACCCACACGCAUCUUUUGGCUUUCUUCACUAUUCCCCUUUGCACGGUGUUUGCUCUGGUGUAAGAUGUUAUCACCAAACAGAGGAGUAGGGAGAGCACAUAGUAUGUAAUAAAUCUGCAGGUGAAGUGAUUUUCUAAGCUUCACUGUCCAGGAGAGAAAUUCACUGUGAAAGUGUGCAAAUGCUAUGUAGUGACUAUGUCCAGCAGAGAGCUGGAAAAGGCAUUGGGAGAAAGUAAAGCUACACAUUAUACCUGGAAUCCUUUCCCAUGUGAAAUCCCUCCUCCUGCUCCCAUCGAAGUCACUGAGAAUUGCACCCUUGAUUUCAACAACAGCUACAGAGCAGGCCCAAAGCCAGGGAGGGGAAGGUAAAUCCGAGAUUAGCAAAAGUGGUUGAGGAAUUUUUUCACAUGCAACACCUUUGAUGUCCCUCAGGACCCCACUCUAUGGGCCAGAGCCAAAGUUUACUGAAAUGAAGGAAACGAUCUCCAUGGGCUUGAGAUGUACCACAAGUCAUGUGGUUCUUAUUCGCUCUUUCUAGAUGAGAGGUUUUUCUUGGGAAAGAUUUGUGACUUGAUCUCACAGUGUGAUGCAAAGAUGGACAAGCUGCUGCAUGCUUGCAAAGGCCUUUUACAGACAUGGGGAUCUGUACAGAAGAGCCACAACAUAUUAUCUCAGUUAGCCAAAAACCUCAGAACAAACCAGUGACCAAGCCUCUGAGUGGGUUCUCCAGGAGCUGUGGCUUGAAAAUCUGAGUGUCUGAACCCAUGGUUUAAUUCCAAAGAGGAAACUUAGUUUUCAGAGUACCAGGGCAUUUACCUCUCUCACUGCUGUCUAGAUCAGCUAUUCUGAGGACAUGUGGAGAAAGGAUGAAUAAGGAUUUCAGGACUUAGCUCUUCAAUGUGAUUUUACUCAUUUGUUUGCUUCUCAGAAAAGUUCCUAACGUGAACAUAGCUAUGAUUACAUGAUCUGUUUCUGUGUAAAGUUCAGUUGCGCACCCAUUAAUCUUUUCAAAAUGUACAGUCUCAAAUUUUUGUUCUGUUUUGCUGCAUUUAUUUAUAUGUAAAGUACUAUAUGUUCAAAUCUACCUUUGCUGUCAACCACUCUGACUAAUAAAGGU